AUAAAAGAACAGGACAAAACCCCCCAAAAUCGUUUAGAAAAAAAAGCUCUCGGAGUCUCUCCCUCCUCCCUCCUUCUCGAUUCUCAAUCCGAAACCAGAAAGCUCUUUCCGAUUCCCGCAAAGAUCUUUCUGGGUUCAGCAAAAUCAAUGGCCUCCGUUCGCCACCGCCCUCUCCUCCUCCUCAUCACCCUCCUCGCAAUCCCCACGUCCUUAUCAUCCCAAUCCAUCAUCCAAAUGCCGACGAAACGACACCGCGUCUCCGCCUCCGACGACAGCCUCUUCUGCGACAGCUGGAGAUUCUCCGUCGAGACCAACGACGCCGGGACCUGGUCCAACAUUCCGUCCAGGUGCGUCGGGUUCGUCCAGAACUACAUGACCGGCGACCGGUACCUGUCCGAUUCGGCGGCCGUCGCGAAUUUCUCGCUGAGCUUCGCGAAGGGGGUGACCAUAGGCGGCGAUGGGAAGGACGCGUGGGUGUUCGACAUCGAUGAGACUCUGCUUUCGAAUUUGCCCUACUAUCAGGCACAUGGAUUCGGAUCAGAGACGUUCGAUGAAGCAUCUUUCGAUGAGUGGGUGGAGUUGGCUGAGGCCCCUGCUCUCCCAGCAAGUUUAAAUCUAUACAGUCAGCUUGAGCGGUUGGGUUUCAAGAUUUUUCUGUUAACUGGGCGGAGCGAAUAUCAGAGAAAUGCCACCGCGAAAAACCUUCUAGUUGCAGGUUACAACAAUUGGGAGAGGCUGCUGCUGAGAGGACCUUCUGAUCAAGGAACACUUGCCACGGUCUUCAAAUCCCAGAAGAGAUCGAACUUGAUAAAUGAAGGUUAUCGAAUUCAUGGGAGCUCGGGAGAUCAAUGGAGUGAUUUGGUGGGUUUUGCAAUUGCUCAACGAUCCUUUAAACUUCCAAACCCAAUGUAUUACAUUGCCUAGCAAAUUACCAACAUUCAGCAAUUGUCUGUAAUAUAAUUACAUUCUUGUAUUUUCCCUUAAGUUCAAUUGCCACAGUGAUUAAAAUUGGUUGCCAUCGUUCGUCUGCUAACCCGGCGGCGAGCCAAUCCAAUCCGGAGAACCUUGUAUUUGUAUUCAUCUUUUCAAGUGGUAUGAAAGUCGGCUUGAUUUA